UGCUGUCAAUAUCGUAAUAAUUGUUUGAAUAAAAAUAGGUAUUUUAGCAUAUUCGAUAUAAAAAAUGUUAUAAUAAAUAUAUGUACCAGUUUUAGAAGUACUCUAUUAUCAAGCCUUACAUUCGAUAAGGACAAAAAUAGACUUUUCCGACGAAAUGUCAAAGUGGCAAUCUGAGAGAAGUAUCCACGAAAUGCUGAAAGACACACCACCGUUGCGCGAGUCUAGCGAUUCCAUAACAUCGGGAACAGAGGCCAAGUUCCCGACAUCUCGAUCCAUGCCUUUUCCACCGGCUUACGCUCCACCGGAUGUGUCACAGAAUGGUGCAGCUGGCAAUAGUACAUUGUUGCGUGCAGGCUCCACCAAGAUAGAGUCCAUCAAAAACUGGAGUGUCUCUACAUACAAGUGUACCAAGCAGCUAUUGUACGAAAAGCUUGGCAAGAGUUCACGGACUGUAGACACAGAGCUGGAGGCGCAGAUCGAGAUGCUGCGCGAGACGCAGCGCAAGUACAGCGGCGUGCUGCGCCUCAGCGCCGCGCUCACGGCGCAGCUCGCGGCCGCCGCCGCCACGCAGCGCGCGCUGGGCGAGGCCUUCGCCGACCUCGCGCAGAAGUCGCCCGAGCUGCAGAACCAGUUCUUGUACAACGCCGACACGCAGCGCUCGUUGACGCGCAACGGCGAGACUCUGCUGGCCGCGUUACACUUCUUUAACAACGCUCUGAACACGCUCACCAACAAGACCAUGGAGGACACGCUGCUCACCAUACGGCAGUACGAAGCCGCGCGCGUGGAGUACGACGCGUACCGCAGCGAGCUGGAGGCCAGCGGCGGCAACCCGCCCGAGCUGCUGCUGGCCAACAUCGAGCGGCACCGGCGCCACUACGAGCGCCUGCGGGACGACUCCGCCGUCAAGCUCAAGCUGUUGCACGAGAACCGGGUAAAAGUGAUGAACAAACAACUUCUACUUUUCCACAAUGCUGUGUCGGCUUACUUCAGCGGCAAUAACGUCGCUCUCGAAGCAGCCGUGCGGCACUUCAGCGUACCGGGGGUUCCCUCACAACACAACAGCCACCCUCCACUGCCCACCACACAAACCCCACUCCCCUCCACCAAUCCUCCGCGGACUGCAUAGGACUUCGCCCCGCCUACUUACUGAGCUUCCAAGUUCAGUGUUCAGUAAAGGUAAGACAGUAGAAAACGUCUAAGUUGGAAAUCAUGUCAACUGUAGCUAAUAAUGCUACUGAAAAUGUUUACUGAAUUUUAUCAUGUAAUCUAUGCCCAUCGUAUUGUACCGUGUUGUGCAACAGUUAAUACUUCUAAGGACCCACAAGUAGAGUUAACUUAGACCCUAUAUUUUUUUAAACUAGGAACCAAAAAUUGCGCUUACAAUAUUCGAUUACUUUUGCAAUCAAAUAUGUUUACAAAUAGGUAGAUAGUGAUAAUUAUAUUUAAAAAGACAACAAGUAUUCCCCCCCAGCUUUUUUAUGAUGAUGCAAGUUAUUUUAAUAAAUGAAGCUUAACUCCAUUGUUCAAGUUGUUCAUCUCGAAUAUUCUAAAAUACUGUGACAUUUAUAUAGUUAUAAAGAUAUCACAAGUUCUCUCUAGUCAACGACACUAUUUUCUAAAACUUAAACUAUUCAGAGCACUGUAUAUUGCACGAAUAAUAUAAAAAUACAAUACGUAUUUAAUUUGUGAAUAUAUAAUUGGUUUAUUCUUUAUGCUCUUUAUCUUUUAAUAUUAUAAGAAAUCAUAUUAUUUACAUAUGUAACAAAUAGUAUUAUGAUUGUACCUAAAAUUGGCUUAUACAUAAUCUAGUGAAUAUUUUCAUUCCAUAACUUAUUGCUUUGACCAUGCAAUCGUUUCGUAGCUUAUGUGUAGUAUGAUAUAAAUUAUUGUAUUCUGUCAUCUUAUGUAGCUCAAAUUUAUCCUUCCAUUGAAGUUCUGUAUAAUGGUGUUCAAUAAGUAAGUUUAAUGUAUCUAUUGUUACAUUGAUAUCAAUAUAUAAUUAUCAAUAAUCAGAAUAUGUAAAUGGGAUCUCACUUAUGUCCUAGUUGUGUGUAUGAUGUAUUGAAGUAUUAAUAGCCGUAACAUCAUAUGGGACCUGUACGUAAUAGCUUUUUUAUUAUUGAAUAUUUACCAGAAUAUAUCAUUUUUCAAAAUCAGAUAAUAAAUGUUGUUUGUAUUCCUAUGUAUAUGUAAUUAAUUAAGUACUUAUAGUGAUUUGAAAGUUUAGUUACUGUGAUCAUGAAUGUAUUCUGUAAAAUGUUGAGUUUUGUAACUAUUGAAUUGAAAUCAUGAAAUUUAAGACUGUUUAUUGCUAGCUUGAAAGAUAUUUUAACCCAAAGAUCAAAUAAACAUUUGAUAGAAUUAUUUUAUUUUAUAAAAUAGAAAUGUAUUUCUAUCUAAAAGCUUUUAUGGAUAGGUCAUUAGUUUAGUUAUAACUUAUAAUAAAUGACAAUAUAUAUUUGGAAGGCAAAGAACCUAGCUUAAACUUAGAUAGAGGCUUUGGAGCAAUCCCGAGUAGCUAGUCAAACUGCAUUAUGUUAUUACUAUUAACUAUAA